AUGAAACGAUUAGCACAUGACGCCUGUGAACUGCAGGGCAUGUUGCAUGAAGAUCAGGUCCCUGUGUGCAUCAGUGCUGCUGAGUUUGGGGGAAACCCAGAGUUGUGGGGAGAAGACCAGGGGAGGGCUCUGGGCUUUCCCCCUCUCUUGCACAACCUCAGUCAGAUGAGGACAGCCCCUGCCGGAUACUCGUACAUUUAUCUAGUGAUUAGUCUACAACUACCCAUUCUGCAAAUCUACCCAAUAAAGGGGAAAAUGGGCUGCUCACGUCUGGCUCUCAUCAUAUGUGAUACAGAGUUUGACCAGCUUGUUCACAGGGAUGGGGCAGAGCACGACAUUAAAGGCAUGUGGGGGCUGCUUGAGAGCCUUGACUACACAGUGGAAGUGAAAGGGCACCUCACAGCCAAGGCUAUGGAAGAUGUGCUGCAGGAGUUCGCAGGCCACCCUGAGCACCAGGGCAGGCACUUGUUGGUGCUCUUGGUGUUCACGUUCUUGGUAUUCAUGUCUCAUGGUUCCCUGGAAGGAAUCUGUGGGACCAAGCAUGGUGAGGAAAACCCGGACAUGCUACCUCAAGACACCAUCUUCCAGAUAUUCAACAUCCGCAACUGUUCUCUUCUGAAGGAUAAACCCAAGGUCAUCAUCAUCCAGACCUGCAGAGGUGAAAAGCCAGGGUCAGUGUUGGUCAGUGAUUCUUCAGGAGCCUCUGCAGACAGCUAUUCACCUGCAAACCUGAAGUAUGAUGCUGUUCACAGAACCCAUGUGGAGAAGGACUUUGUCUCUUUUUACUCAUCGACUCCAUAUACUGUAUCCUGGAGAGACCCCAGGAAAAUUUCUUUAUUCAUGACAGAACUCAUCACAUGCUUCCAAAAUUUUGCUUGCCGCUAUCAUCUACUGGAAAUAUUUCAGAAGGUACAACAAUCAUUUGAAAAACGAUGUGAUCAAUUCCAGAUGCCCACCAUUGAAAGACUAAAUAUGCCAAAAUGUUUCUACCUCUUUCCUGGCAUUUGA